GCUGAAAGCCUUAAUUAUACGCCCCCUCUGCACCUAAAACUACACUCUGUCCCAUCCCAUCUUUUCCUCAAAAGCACUUUUAAUUUCCAGCUUCUACUUCUCUCUCAGUUUCAAGCUGUUUUCUAAAGUCAAAGCUCGAAGCUUUAAGGGCAUGGCGGGCGGAGUUUCGGUGUCUUCAGUCACCUUAACUAACAGUUUCGAACGAAAAACUCCGUUUUCUGGAAAACCCAUCUCAGAAACGAGCCCCUCUUUGCUUUUAGCUUCUUCAUCAAUUCACUUCAACAGGAAGAGAUGGAAGAGCAUGCGCUCAGUCAUGGAGAAGAAAGCGGAGAAUGAUCAUGCAAAAGUUAAGGACGACAUGACUGUGACUAAAGCCUUGGAAGACACGGAGAAGUUGAAUAUUAUAACACUGCGUGCGUCGGAGAGAUUGGAGACGAAGAGAUCAGAGAGGUAUACUUACCUUGUUGCUGCAAUCAUGUCAAGCCUUGGAGUCACUUCAGCUGCUGCCAUGGCUGUUUACUAUAGAUUUUAUUGGCAAACAGAGGUUGGUGAAUAUCUUCUUCCUGAAAUGUUUGGAACAUUUUCUCUCUCUGUGGGAUCUGCUGUGGGGAUGGAGUUUUGGGCAAGGUGGGCUCAUAGAGCUCUGUGGCAUGCUUCACUGUGGCAGAUGCAUGAGUCUCACCACCGGCCCCGGGAUGGUCCUUUUGAGUUGAACGAUGUAUUUGCAAUAACCAAUGCUGUUCCUGCUAUUGCCCUUCUUUCUUAUGGUUUGUUUAACAAGGGUCUAUUUCCAGGACUCUGUUUUGGUGCUGGUUUAGGAAUCACAACAUUUGGGAUGGCCUACAUGUUUGUGCACGAUGGACUUGUCCACCGUCGAUUUCCGGUAGGGCCAAUCGCAGAUGUUCCUUAUUUACGAAAAGUUGCUGCAGCCCACCAGCUUCAUCACUCAUGCAUCUUCAAUGGAGUCCCAUAUGGGUUGUUCUUGGGACCUAAGGAAAUAAAGGAAGUUGGGGGCAUGGAAGAAUUGGAAAAGGAAGUCCAGCGCAUGGCUAGGAAAUCCAACAGUUGAUAAUAUUGUUUCUUUCUGCUUGCUUAUUGCUUCGAUUUGUCAAAGUCCUUGAGAAAAAUUAAGAGAGGGAAGAGUGAGGGACUUCUUCAAAAAUCACAAAGAGCAGACGUGCAAGCAAGUGCUUAUGGCUUAAGGACAAUGUUGAGGUAUUAUAGUGAGACAAGCAAAAUAGGAAUUUAGGAAACUUCACCCCUGCCAUCAAAUUGUCUACAACUCCUUAAACUGUAAUCACUAUCCAUUUAUAUGGAACUAGCUUGGUUGGGACUCAAGUGCCUCUUAAACUUCAUCUAUGCCAUCAAAUUGGUUACAUGCA